AUGGCAGUUUACAAGAUUAUUCAUCCUGUUAAAUAUUUUAAUGACUACAUUAGUCGAAAUGUUCGGCCAGAUGGGAGACUCUUUGAAGAUCAGCGCGAUAUAAAACUUAACGUUAAUGCAAUAAAAGCAGCUGAUGCAUCUGCUGUAGUAAAAUGUGGUAACACGACUGUUGUUUGCGGUAUUAAAUUGGAGUUGGCAAAACCAAAAGCCGAAGAGCCUGAAUUAGGAUUUAUUGUUACUAAUGUUGAACUUCUUCCAUUAUGCUCAUCUAAAUUUAGACCUGGGCCUCCAUCUGACCAUGCUCAAGUUAUUAGUAAUAUUGUUUCUGAUAUAUUUAAGAACUCCAAUUGUGUGGACUUAAAAGACUUAUGUGUGAUACCUGAUAAGCUUGCAUGGGUUCUAUAUUGUGACAUUGUUUGUCUUGAUAAUGAUGGAAGUGUUGUGGAUGCCUGCAUUAUAACCUUGAUGACAAGUCUAAAAAUGUUAAGUUUGCCUUCAGUAAGUUACGAUGGAGAAACGGAAGAAAUAAAAGUAGAUACUAAUACAAGAACACCUUUAAAAGUCCAUGGGCUUCCAGUUGCUACUAGUUUUGCUGUUUACCAACAAUCACCAAGAAGCAUAGUGUUAGCUGAUCCUUCAGCUUAUGAAGAGGAAAUGAGUGGUGGCAUAGGAGCUAAUUUAAUAAUCUGUUGGAAUAAAGGGCAAUUUUGUGGAAUACAAAAGUUUGGUGGCAGUAACCUUUCUAGUGAAACUGAAAAGAAAACCUUAAUACUAGCAAAAGAGAGAAGCAAACUUGUGGAAAAAGUCAUUGAGACAUGUAUAAAAAAUGAAUUC